AUGCAGUUUAAAAUAAUUCAGAAAGUAUUUGUAUGUAUUCUUACUUGUGUCCAACUCUCACGCAAUCAACAGCCAAGAUGUACAACCUACACCAUGAAUAAAAAGUUUAUCGGGUCACUUCAGGAAGAUCGAGCAAAGCCUCUCUGGGAAAUCGAGCAGAAUUCUGUUGGUUUGUUAAUGCAUUAUUGUUUCUUCCGAUGCGAGAGGGACCAGCGAUGUGUCGGGUUUGAGAUUUGCACGAUACGACCAGACGUGUCACGAUGCAGGGGAUGUUGUGACUGGUACGUGAUCGACAAAGAUGGAGGUCUCACCAGAAACACUACCGAUGGCUGCAAAUAUUUUGAACUGAGCAAAAACAUCGUGGAAUCAAAAGGAAUCAGAUUGUCAGCAUAUUCAAACUUGUCAGCAGUAGCAAGCUCUACUUUUAUGAGCGAACAACCUUCAUAUGUCCUUGAUGGAGUUUACGGCAAAGGCUGCAAUGCGUUCAGUUCGGUCAAAGAAGAAAAUCCAUGGUUAGAAAUAACAUGGACCGAGACAAUAACAAUUUGGAGAAUAAUAAUUUACAAUCGCUUAAAUAAGAAAGGUCAUCGUUUGGUCAACCUAAAUGUCUCAUACAGUAACAACGAUGUCAUCGACAUUUGCGGCUUUUAUCCGGGUCCCUCGCUACGUGACGGUGACAUUAUUAUAUUUCACUGUCCAGCGGAAGCUCAUGCUACUUCAGUAAAACUCCAAAUCCAAUCCAAACUGGCCCAACAAAACGUACUGAAUUUGUGUGAAGUUGAAAUUUACCAAAAAUGUUAA